UGCUCCGAAUUCAAACACUUGAGCCGCAACGUGCACGUGCUAGCACACUACAGCCGCCCACGCACGUAGGCACGGCAAGAUCGCAGGGAAGAUGGUGAACUUGAUCGAGGCGCAGAAGCCGCUGCUGACGGGGAUGAUGAGGCUGGCCGGGCUCCGCCCCAUCGACGUGGAGCUGGAGCCGGGCACCACCAUGCACGUCUGGGCUCCCAAGCACCACGCCGGCAAGAAAGGCACCACCAUCAGCCCGCACGACGCCAGCGCCGCCGCCGCCGCCGCAGGGGAAGACGCCGCCGCCACCAAGAAGCCAUCAGGCGGCCGUCGCGGGAGCAGGAGGAGGAAGGGCCCCGAGGCCAAGCCCAACGUGGUCCUCAUCCACGGCUUCGCCGCCGAGGGCAACGUGACGUUCCAGUUCAACUUCGGCGUGCUGGUGUCGCGCUACAACGUGUACAUCCCGGACCUGCUCUUCUUCGGCAAGUCGUCCACGACGGACAGCGCCGACCGGUCCCCGGAGUUCCAGGCGCGGUGCGUGGCGGCGGCGCUGGCGCGGCUCGGCGUGGCGCGCUGCGACGUGGUCGGGUUCAGCUACGGGGGCAUGGUGGCGUUCAAGCUGGCGGAGGCGCGGCCGGACCUGGUGCGGUCGCUGGCCGUGUCCGGGUCCGUGGUGGCCAUGACAGACGCCGUGAACCGGGAGACCAUGGAGCGGCUCGGUGCCGGGUCCUCCGCGGAGCUGCUCAUGCCGGAGACGCUCCAGGGGCUCAAGGCGCUCUUCUCCGUCUCCAUGUACCGGAAGAUGUGGUUCCCGGACAGGAUGUACAAGGACUACCUCAAGGCGAUGUUCACGAAUAGGAAGGAGAGGCUGGAGCUGCUGCAGGGGUUGCUAGACAGCAACAUGGAUGCAAAGAUACCGGCUUUCCAGCAGAAGAUAAUGCUGAUCUGGGGCGAGGAGGACAAGCUUUUCGACAUAGAGCUGGCCAAGAAGAUGAAAGAGCAGCUGGGGGAGAACUGCUACCUGCAGGGCAUCCCCAAGGCCGGGCACCUGCUCCACCUGGAGCGCCCCUGCGCCUACAACCGCCAGCUCGGCAGGUUCCUCGCCUACGUCAACUCCCAGGAAAACCAAGCCACCAGUUGAGUCGAUCACUGCUACUACUACUAUCUCGUUCGUUCCAGAGAGGAGGAUAAUUAUUUGCAAGCAAAGCAAAGGCAAAGCGGGUGGCCUGUCAACGUUGGUUCGUCUGCAACACGCACCGCAUUGGAUGAUUGCCUGGAGAGGUCAACCCAUGGAUGUGAAGCUACCCAUUACUACUACCACGUACCACUAGCUGCUAGGUUUACAGGGCCACAUUCCGUCGCCCUGCAGAUUAUUAAGUGAUGAGUUGACGCCACGCUCGGUGUGCCGCGAUGUCGUUUUAUUUCCUCCUGUCCCUGGUGACUGUUUGCUUUGAUGCUACUACAUGACUUUUGUGAA